AUGCCUCCACCAAAAUGGCUAAUGUUGGUGGUGGUGAUGGUUCUUACCGUUUUCUCUGUUGGUCACGUUGCUGCUCGGACUAUCUAUGGUAGCAGCAGUGUAGAAGAUGACUGGAGAGAUGCAUUUGGCGAAGAGCUUCGCCGUCGAGGUUAUUAUGGAUAUAGCCCGUAUGGCAGUCCUCGUCGUGGACACGGCCAGACUUGUCGUGGGUCAAAGCAAUGUGAAAAGCACGGUGGUGGAGGAUAUCCAGGUGGUGGAUAUGGUGGUGGGUAUCCUGGUGGUGGAUAUCCAGGUUAUGGUGGUCCUGGUGGUAGGUACCCACGUGGUGGCUAUCCUGGUGGAGGAUAUGGACACAGUGGUGGCGGUUCAGGCGGAGGAGUUGGAGGUGGUGGUGGUGGUGGUGGUGAAGGGGGUUAUGGAAAGGGUGGUGGAUUUGGAGGUGGAGCUGGUGGAGGGUCAGGACAUAGCGGAGGAUAUGGUGCGGGAGGUGGCGCAGGUGGUGGUGCUGCUGGUGGUAUAGGUGGUGGUGGAGGAUUUGGAGGUGGAGGUGGGGGUGGUGCUGGUGGACAAGGUGGAGGGUUUGGUGCUGGUGGGGGUAUAGGUGGUGGAGUUGGUGGUGGUGGUGGUGGUGGCGGAGCUGAGGGAGGUUAUGGAAAAGGUGGGGGUUUCGGUGCUGGUGGACAAGGUGGAGGGUUUGGUGCUGGUGGGGGUAUAGGUGGUGGAGCUGGUGGUGCUGGAGGUGGUGGUGGUGGUGGCGGAGCUGAGGGAGGUUCUGGAAAAGGUGGGGGUUUCGGUGCUGGUGGUGGUGUAGGGGGUGGCGCAGGCGGAUUUGGAGGUGGUGGUGGGGGUGGGGGCGCUGAAGGAGGUUAUGGAAAGGGUGGUGGUUUUGGUGCUGGUGGUGGUGUAGGGGGUGGCGCAGGCAGUGGUGGAUUUGGAGGUGGUGGUGGCGGUGGGGGCGCUGAAGGAGGUUAUGGAAAGGGUGGUGGUUUUGGUGCUGGUGGUGGUGUUGGGGGAUUUGGAGGUGGAGGAGGCGGUGGUGCUAAUGGAGGGUCAGGACAGGGCGGAGGCUUUGGUGCUGGUGGUGGUACUGGCGGUGGUGCUGAGGGAGGACCUGGGCAAGGGGGUGGUUUCGUCCCUGGAGGUGGUGCCGGUAUUGGAGGCGGAUUCGGCUUCGGUGUAGGAGUGAACGUAGGAUUUGGCGGUGGAGCUGGCGCUGGAGGUGGUGGUGGUGCUGGAGUUGGUGGCGGUGCAGGUGGUGGUGUUGCAGGUGGAGCAGGUGGUGGUGUUGGAGGUGGAGUAGGAGGUGGGGCUGGUGGUGGUGUUGGAGGUGGAGUAGGAGGUGGGGCUGGUGGUGGUGUUGGAGCUGGAGGUAGUGGUGGAGUUGGUGGUGGUGCUGGUGGUGGAGGUGGGGAGGGAGGUGGCCUUGGGGGUGGUGCCGGAGGUGGAGUUGGAGUUGGAGUUGGAGUCGGUGGUGGAGGGCGCUAG